AUGAAGUUUCUUUUCCGCGCGGUCUUGACCAUUCGACCACCGAUGAAACCAAUCGGUGUCAGGAGCAGCACGAGCGGUGUUACUUACCGUCUUGCUCCAAGACGGCAGAGUAGUUUUGAUAUACAGCCGGACAGUCUGGUUGCAUAUUCCGGGGCAGUCGUGGACCAGUCGAUUGAGAGAGGAGAAUGGGGGACAUGGAUUGAUUGA